UGAUGCAUUGAGAUCUGAAAUGGGAAGUAUGUAGAUCUGUCAGGGCUGCAUUGGUGAGUUGGCCUUAUUACUUGUCAUUUUUGGAUAUUGUUUUCUCUUUUAAUAUGCUGUUGGUGAAAAUAUUCACUUAAAAAAAAGAGAAAGUAAAACAGAGAAUACAGUCCAAACAUGUGCCUGGUCCAAGUUGCUAUGUGUCUUUUAAUAUAACGCAGUAAGUAACAUGACGAGGAAUGUUCUCCAUGAUGCUGCAGUGGUAUAAAGACCUGUUUUGAUGGGGUGUGACAAUGGAAGGCCAAACAAAAUGUACGUAUGUUCUUUCAUUUGUUCCUAAUUGUAGUACUAAGACUUGGAAGAGUCCUGAUGGCACAUUCACUAAGAAAGUUCUAGAACCAGGGAGUGGCCUGGACAAGCCGAGAGAUGGAUCUCAGUGCUGCAUUUUCAUUGAUAACAGUUUGAAAGAUGCUUCUUCAGUAGAAGUGAACUUUCCAUACACUGUAAACCAGUGGGUGAAUAUUAUUCUUGGAGAAAGUGACACAGAAUGUGGUGUCAUACUUGACAAAUGCCUGGAGACUAUGUUGAGGGGAGAGAAAUCCUUGGUGCUUGUAAAACAUGCAACAUCACUUCACCCAUUAUCUUGUAACCAAAGUGAGUUCACGUUUGCUGUUCACUUAGCAGAUUUUAGCCAAGUAAAAGAUUCAUGGGAAAUGUCCUUUGAGGAGAAAUGGGACCUUAUUAUUAAGGACAAAGAAAAAGGAUCAGAAAAUUUUAAAGCUGGAAACAUUUUCGGUGCAUGUAGGAGGUAUGGAAGGGCAUUAAAAUAUCUGGUAACACUGACGCAUUACGUUCCAGCUGGCAUGGUAAAGGAAUAUGGAGAAAUGAUGACUGUGUUGUACUUGAACCUAGCGGCAUGUCAGAUUAAACUGUGCCAGUAUGGUCAUGUGAUCCAGAACUGCUCCAAAGCUUUGGAACUUUCACCAGGCAAUGUGAAAGGCCUCUAUCGGAGAGGUCAGGCAUACACUUUCCGAAAUGAGUUUGAAAAAGCAAAGGAUGACUUGAAGAAUGUUCUUCAGCUAGAACCAGGGAACAGAGCAGCAUGUCAGCAAAUUAAAAUUCUUGAGAACAAAAUACGAGCUCAGGAUACCAAGCUGGCAAAAGCAAUGAGUAAACUGUUUAGCUGAAAGUAAAAUCUAGGACUGAGGAGAAUGAAGUAUAUUUCAGAUUAUGAAAGUGAUGAAUACUUUGAACAAAUGUGAAUAUUUAUACUAUAUCAAAGAUAAAUUCACUUGGUGAAUAAAAAAACAUUGUUUAUGUUGCUUUUAGUUGAAAGUAUAAUCUGGGAGUGAGAAACAGUAAGAACCGUAAUUCUGAAAGUGAAAGUGAUAUAAACCUUCUGUGCAUGUGUAUGAAUUAUUUAUAAUAUGUCAGAAAUAAAUUCACUUAGUGAACAAAGUAUGUUCAUUUUU